GACCAGAUUCUUCCUGGUUGGGCCCUACCAGUGAGGAGACCGAGCCAGAGCUUAGACCCCACCGGAGUGGCCAGGGACGGCACCCCGACAGACAGAAGGACGGACGGACGGACGGACGGACGGACAGAUUGACGGGCACCGAUUAGACCAGGCCGAGGAUGACAGAAGAGAUCAUCACCCCUGUGUACUGCACGGGGGUGUCUGCCCAAGUGCAGAAGCAGCGGGCCAAGGAACUAGGCCUGGGCUGCCACGAGAAUGCCAUUAAGUACCUGGGCCAGGACUAUGAGCAGCUACGGUCCCAGUACCUGCAGGCUGGGGCCCUUUUCCAGGACGAUACCUUCCCCCCUUCUUCCUAUUCCCUGGGUUUCAAGGAACUGGGGCCCAACUCCUCCAAAACCUAUGGCAUUAAGUGGAAAAGGCCCACGGAACUUUUGUCAAACCCUCAGUUUAUCGUGGAUGGGGCCACCCGAACAGAUAUUUGUCAGGGAGCGCUAGGGGACUGCUGGCUGUUGGCGGCCAUCGCCUCCAUCACCUUGAACGAUACCAUCUUGCACCGGGUGGUGCCUCACGGGCAGAGCUUCCAGCAUGGUUAUGCUGGCAUCUUUCAUUUCCAGCUGUGGCAGUUUGGGGAGUGGGUCGAUGUAGUUGUGGAUGAUCUGCUGCCUACCAAGGAUGGGAAACUGGUCUUUGUGCACUCAGCCCAAGGCAAUGAGUUCUGGAGUGCCCUGCUUGAGAAAGCCUAUGCCAAGGUGAAUGGUAGCUAUGAAGCCCUUUCUGGGGGUAGCACCUCCGAGGGCUUUGAAGACUUCACUGGAGGCGUGACAGAAUGGUUUGAUCUCAGGAAGCCCCCUUCUGAUCUCUACCACAUCAUUCUGAAGGCCCUGGAACGGGGGUCCCUGCUGGGCUGUUCCAUCGAUAUCACCAGCGUGUUUGACAUGGAAGCAGUCACCUUCAAGAAGCUGGUGAAGGGCCAUGCCUACUCCGUCACUGGUGCCCAGCAGGUAAACUGUCGGGGCCGCUCAGUGAACCUGAUUCGAAUGCGGAACCCGUGGGGUGAGGUGGAGUGGACGGGGCCUUGGAGUGACAGUUCCUCUGAGUGGAACCAGAUAGACCCCUCCCACAGGCAGCAGCUCCAAAUCAAGAUGGAGGAUGGGGAGUUCUGGAUGUCCUUCAAUGACUUUCUCCGUGAGUUCUCCCGUCUGGAGAUCUGCAACCUGACCCCAGACACCCUCAAGUCAAACAAAUUCCGCAAAUGGAACACGACCCUGUACGAUGGCACCUGGCGGCGUGGGAGCACGGCGGGCGGCUGCAGGAACUUCCCAGCUACCUUCUGGGUGAACCCCCAGUUUAAGAUCAAACUGGAGGAGGUGGAUGAUGACCGCGGGGGUCAAUCAGACGCGGGCUGCAGCUUCCUCCUGGCGCUCAUGCAGAAACACCGGCGCAGAGAGCGCCGCUUUGGUCGGGACAUGGAGACCAUCGGCUUCGCAGUCUAUGAAGUUCCUGAGAAGUUGGUGGGUCAGACUGCUGUGCACCUGAAGCGGGACUUCUUCCUGUCCCACUCAUCACUGGCCCGCUCGGAGCAGUUCAUCAACCUACGGGAGGUCAGCUCACGCCUGUGCCUGCCUCCUGGCGAGUACAUUGUGGUGCCCUCCACCUUCGAGCCCAACAAGGAGGGCGACUUUGUGCUCCGCUUCUUCUCGGAGAAGAAGGCUGGGACCGUGGAGCUGGAUGAAAAGAUUGAGGCUCACCUCCCCGAUGAGAGAGUACUCUCUGAAGACGAGAUUGAUGACACCUUCAAGAACCUUUUUAAGCAGCUGGCUGGGGUGGACAUGGAGAUCAGUGUCAAGGAACUACAGACCAUCCUGAACAGGAUUGUUAGCAAACACAAAGACCUUCGGACUAAUGGCUUCAGCAAGGAGUCGUGCCGAAGCAUGGUGAAUCUUAUGGAUCGAGAUGGCAAUGGGAAACUGGGGUUGGUUGAGUUUAACAUCCUCUGGAACCGAAUCAAAAAUUACCUGGACAUCUUCCGAAAGUAUGACCUAGACAAGUCAGGCAGCAUGAGCUCCUAUGAGAUGCGGAUGGCUCUUGAGGCAGCAGGGUACAAGCUGAACAAGAAGCUGUAUGAACUGAUUAUCACCCGCUACUCGGAGCCUGACCUGGCCGUGAACUUUGACAACUUUGUGUGCUGUCUGGUGCGACUGGAGACCAUGUUCCGAUUUUUCCAGAGUCUGGAUACAGACAGAGAUGGAAUUGUGAAUUUCGACUUGCUUAGGUGGUUACAGUUGACCAUGUUUGCGUGAAGUGGAUGGGGCAGGCUUCUACCUCUCUCUGCACUGACCCCAGCCUCCUCUUCUGCCUACCCCAUGACCCCAGCUUCAAGUGCCUUCUCAGGAGAGAUGGGAAGCUGCCCUUCCUCCUGCCUCCCUCCCCUUUGAGCUGCCACGGAUAUCCUACACUAGAUAGGGGCAUGCCUCCCUCAUGUGUGCCUAAGGCAUAGACCUAGUAGGCCCUCCAGGAGGUGGGGAAGGAGCCCCGGGAACUCCAGCCUUGAGCCUGCUCAAUCCUUCAGCAUGGAAGCCAGGAAUACUGCUUGAUUUUGUGCCAACCUUGAGUCAGGGGUCCCAGGGCAAGCUGGGACUGCCCCUGCCAGAGGCCACUGCCCAGACAGCUCUCCCCAUUGGCCUGCCCACCUGAUGCCCACCUGGGAUUGAGUUUGGCUUCUAACAUCACCUCCAAGAAAGCCCUCUGAGGGCAUUGGCCAGCAGACCCCUGCCCUGCACUGUGGAUGGACACUCACCUGCCCCCAGUCUGGUCUUCCUUCUGAUCUCAUACCCUACCCACCAGCUCCCUUUGCCCAGUCCCCUCCUGGCCUGGCCCUUUGAGGAGUCCCUGCACUGGGUUCCAGGAAACCAUCAGGACCUUCACAUCAAGAAAGCCAAACAGCCCCACUUUGGGGUGACGGCCAGCCCGUGCCUCACUUGGGCCCUGUCCGGCUCCCUCCAGCUCCCUGAAGGCUGCAUAUCCUGGGAGGGCCAACCUCUUUUUUGUUCCUGCUAUUUUUUUUAUACUUUGUGAUUGUAAGGGGGUCUUUUUAGGGACUGGGUAUGUGGUUGUGGGGGCAUCUGAGGAGAUGCCUAGGGUGAAGGUGGUGGAGGUUGUUUUCUUGUAGAUCUCAACCACCUAUUCUUAUGCCAAAAGAACCCCAAAUAAAACAGAAACCCCCUAAGUUCUCCCCCCUUCCAGA